UUUAGUAGUAUGCCCACAUCCGGCUCGUAAGCAUCUGCUACGUUGGGGGACUGUAUCGCAUGGUUUCCAAUGAUCGCCACGAGGUUGCGCCACAUUUCUAAGUGCACAGUUUUAAUUCGGUGUGUUUAUUGCGCGAGGAUUUCGAAUGCGAGUUCGUUUCUGUUGAUUUCUGAUAAAUCCUGCCGUGAUCGCGAAUAAAUCGAAUGGGAGCAUGCAGAUAGCGCCCCGAGCGUGAUAUCGACUGAAUCGUGCGAUAAAGUUCUUCUAGAUGCUAAUUGCUAUGAAAGCUGACCAUAUUUGAGUGAUUUUUUUUCUUUGCUCGAAAUAUCAAAUGCCAACCUGAAGGAGGAAAAAGCGAAGUGGUAUGAUAAUACACAUUCUCAGUGGCAGAGAAUAAUAUCACCAAGAAGAAGAUAAACUCGUGUGAUGAUUCGCUCUCCGUGUGUUGGUGUUUGCCAUUCGCGUGCGCCUGUGUGUUGUGAUUAAGUCGUGUUACUUAAGCGCCGUGGAUGCGAAAAAUACAGUGUUUGCGUAAUUUUUUUUAGUAUUAGCAGAAAAAAGAACUUGUUUUGAAUGAAAGUGGUCCAAACGGUAGUGAAGAGCAAAAGGCUAGUUGUUUGUGUACAGCAAUGAAAUACGUUAUCAGGUUGAAUAAGUGAACGGUGAAAAAGUAAACAGACGUCAUACGGACGUCAAGUGAAAGAAUAAAAUCAUAUAAUAAAGUAAAACAGAAGUGUUUGGCCCUCUUGGGGGAGUGCCGGUCAGCCUUAUAACGAGUGUUUGUUUGUGCUGGAAAGACGACAUCAAAAAGUUAGCAUACCUAAAUAUUUUGCGACGAGAAUAUUAGCACAAGUGGAUUGUGAGUAAACAUAGUCGAUUCUACACGUUCGUGCCGCACUACGUGAGAGAAUACAUACAUCCAAUAUCGAGAAAAGAGCGCAAUUCAAACUAGAUCGUGUGACGGACCGUAAACAAAAGCUAUCCUCCGGGUACGGUAGAUCGGGUUCGCCGGGUAAGAAGUAUGGAUUCGUUUGGAUCACCGUGGCCGGCUUCUCCACGCGGUGGCCUUGAAGGUCUGUCCAACGAUGGUGUUCCAAUGGAUGCCCUCGCCGAGCUACAAGAUGGUGCGUUCGAGCCGCAGACUCGUGCCCGUUCCAAUACAUGGCCCCUGCCACGGCCGGAGAACUUUGUCGAACCGGAAGCAGAAUCCGAAAGCAAUAAGUGUAGUAAUCAACAGUUGGCAAGUGCAGGUGUCAAUGCAAACCAACCGCAAUCAGCGUCAUCCGCCACCAAGAAAAACUCAUCGCGUCGCAACGCUUGGGGUAACCUGUCGUACGCUGAUUUAAUUACACAAGCAAUUAGUUCAGCAGGUGAUAGCCGACUAACGCUCAGCCAGAUCUAUGAAUGGAUGGUGCAGAAUGUGCCAUAUUUUAAAGAUAAGGGUGACUCCAACAGCAGCGCAGGAUGGAAGAAUUCAAUCAGGCACAAUCUAUCACUGCACAACCGCUUCAUGCGAGUACAAAACGAAGGAACGGGCAAAUCGUCGUGGUGGAUGCUGAAUCCGGACGCGAAGCCUGGAAAAUCCGUUCGCCGGAGAGCCGCCUCGAUGGAGACGUCCAAGUACGAAAAACGAAGGGGCCGGGCGAAGAAACGGGUGGAAGCGAUACGGCAGCAGGCGGCCCUGGGCCUAGCGACAAGUGCUCUCAACGAUGCCACCCCCUCCCCUAGUAGUAGCGUUAGUGAAAAUUUAGACUCGUUUCCUGAAAGUCCGUUACAUAGUGGUAACUUUCAACUGUCCCCUGACUUUCGGCAACGUGCCUCAUCGAAUGCAAGUUCUUGCGGUCGGUUAAGUCCAAUUCAGUCGAUAGUUGGCAUCGAGAACACUUGGACCUACCCACCGGAUCUGGAGGAGCUGGGGGACAAUCCCGACGCAGCUCAAACGGUUGAAACGGAACUCAACGCACAAGGACAGGCUCAACUAGACCAACUGGCCGGAUCGCUUGCAGACGACCUCACGCUGCAUCAGACUGAUUUCUUCAAAGGGUUCAGCCAAACCACGAGUAUGCAUAACCAACCUCCGCCACCAUAUCAGCCACCGCAGCCGUACUCCCUACAUGCGACGGUGGCGCAACCGUUCGGUUUUCCGCAACAGCAGAACCAGUGUCCCAUUCAUCGCCUGCAACAGUGCACCUGUAUGCUACAAAACAACACCCGCGAGAGCAUGUCCCCGUCGUCUGGAACCGGAAUGUCUCCCUCGUACCCGCACAGUGAACCAUCCCCGGACUAUGCCAUGCUGGUAGGGGCACGUGUGAUACAGCGAACGCCUUCCGCCAGUCCCCCACUUACUCCCAGUACCGUUUGCAAUAUGGUGACAACGACACCACAAAGUGAUAAUACCCCACAGACGUUAAUGGGACAGUUCAUGGAGGCGCUAAACAGUCAGACCAACAUUGACGACAUCAAUAUCAACCUGGAAUCUUUUCCCGGCGGGCUAGAGUGCAAUGUCGAUGAAGUGAUAAAACACGAGCUUAGUAUGGAAGGAUCCCUGGAUUUCAACUUCCCAAUGUCAAACCACAGCACCUACACACCGACGAACAGUUCCAACUCGCAGGACUCGACAAUCAGUGCAAUAGCCGCAACGCCAAACCAGGCAACGGCACCGCAUAGUCACGGCCAGUACACGGCACGAACGAGCGUCACACCGCCGUCGUGGGUCCACUGAGGGUGGCUGUGAAUUGGAGCGUACUUGAUGAAUACACCAACGUGAAACAAUGGAUUUCGACAUCCAAAAGAAGUACGCUCCAAUAGGCUUCAGUAGAUCUAAAUAAUAUUUAACAACAAAACAAAAUCUGAACCCCUUACGUAGUGCUUGGUGCCACCGAGAACCAUCAACUGUAAUUGAUUCACCGAAAUCCUUCUGAUUUGGCAUACUGUAAAUGGAUACUUACUCACCAAAACGAUAUCACAACACACACCGUGGUGCGAAUGGAUGGCAUCUACACACGUGCAUGGUUAUGAACAUAUAAAUAGGCAAUAGUUUUUCAACGAUCUAAGCAAAAAAAGAAAUAUUGCAUGCAAGCGUUAUGUUUUAGCACUAAUUGUAAUUACCUGACAGAUAAAUCUACGAUAAGAACUCAUAAAUAAAUCGAAAAUGCAGACUAGACAUUGCUGUUUCACUUAGGUUCUAACAGAAACAUGCAAGUCUGUAUAGUAGCUGUUAAGUUUACGAUUAUUUUCAAGAACUAUUUGACGGUCAAGCCUAUUGGAUACACUAAUAAUCAGUUUGUUAACUUUUUGUUGUUAGGGAAAAUUGUACUGUAGGCAUAGGUUUAACAGUUAUAGCAAGAGUUAGUGAUAUUAUGGCUGAUGCUCGGUAAAGAAUUGGUGCUUCUUCUUACUUCCUUCACACGUGCCGCCGGCGUGAAUCGAAUAUAUAAAACAAAUGCAACAGUUGGUCGAUAAAGUUAGGCACAGCCUUCUCGCUACAGCUCAGUAGGCGGUGAAAAUUCAUGCUGUCAGUGAAGCACCUGCACAAACCCGUUUCUAAACGCCCACUUUCCCAGUGAUAGACAGCCCACGUGCCAGCAUUCAAAAAGCUCGUCUGCUCAAUGAACGGGCGCCAUCUGUGGAGCACGCAAGAAGUUAUCAACCUUGUAUCCGGAAAAAGCACAAUUUGUAACAAGAGUAAGGGGAUAUGAUUCAUUUAGUUUGGGGUUCUGCUUUACGUUCUAGGAUAACCAGUGCCAUUUAAAGAAUCUUGUAUGAAUUUCAUUGUAAGCUAUAAACUUUCUUGAUGCAGUAAUAACGGCCUUUUUAAUAGGUCAACAUGCAGUCACAUUACCCGGCAAGCGUGUGCAGCAAUUUUCUGUAAAUAGAUAUUAUCAUAAACAUAUUGUAAAUAUAGUUACCAAAAAUGAAACAAGGUAAGCAGAAAUCAGCUUCCCCUCCCUAACAUAAGAGAAAGUUGAUUAGUUAUUGUUAUAGAAGAUCGUUUUUUGAAAGCGUCACUAAAGGGUUCUUCGAUUUUGCAAGAAUGAAAUUACUAGGUUAAACCUUCAAGUCGGUAACAUUGUUUUAAUCACAUAUGUAAAUAUAAGUAAAAUAAACAAAUAAAUAACAGUAAUAUUUAAAUAUAAGCUACGUAAUCAGUGGAAAACGAAUGAUUAGUAGAAAACAGAAAAAAAAAACAAAAAAUAAUUUAUAUUGGAACUAGAAGCUUGCUAUCUUUGAUACAAAACAAACAUGAAAAGAAAAAUAAGUGAAUGACAAAAAACUGAAAGGGAAAACAUGAACGUGCAAGAAACAUCAACAAAUAAUCAAUAUUGUCGAAAUUAGUAGAACAAAUUGAUCUUCAAUGACCAAUGAAUAUCGUGAAAUGAAUGUGUUCUUUAAAUUAAUUUUAUUUUCUUAUUGAAGUUUCAUUUUGUAUAUCUUCCCCGAUUUCCUGUUUCUGUUUUCACGAAGAAAAAAAGUAAGUCCAAAAACGAGAGACAUUUGUUGAAACAUUUGAAUCCGCGCAUGAAAUGUUAUUGAAUACGUCAACGUAUGCAGCUAUAGGAGGUUAUUUGAGGAAAAAUCGUUGCUUCGUACAAACUAAUUUAACUUACAGACAAAACGACAGUGUAAAGAAUGCGUAUUGAUUUUGGUUGUUGAAUAAAAUUGGAUCAAUUAUUA